AUGUCGGAGGAGGCGGCUUAUGGGUCGCCGCGGUCGGAGGUGUCGGGGUUAGAUUUCGAGGAGACGGAGCUCAAACUGGCCCCGCCGGGCGGCGGAUCCAGGGUGGUCGGCGGAGCGGCCACGGCGGAGAGCGAGAGGAAGCGCGGGUUCUCGGAGACCGUGGAUCUGAAUCUCUGUGGGACUGGGACGACAUCUGCUGCUCAGCGGAGUGGGGACGCAGGAGAUCCGUCCCCAGAUUUGACGGAUUCCAAGUCCUCCGCCGCCGUAAAGCCCCUCGCUAAGUGAGCACUGCUCCCCUCUCUCUCUCUGUCUUUCUCUCUCUCUUAGUGCGGUCUCUAUUUUUUCUCUCGUAUUGAAAACCCGCGGCGGAGUAGUCGUUUGGGGAUCUCCUAUUCUUCGUGCGAAUAGUUUUGGGUUGGAGCUCCCUUUACUCGAUUUGGAUAGGGUGCUUUCAUGGUUUUCGCCGGGGAUUUUCUUUCAGCCUUUCGUCGGAUCGAACACGUCAAAACGAGAUUUCUGAUAUGUGUUCUGAUUUCUCCGUGCGAUCCAGAGCACAAGUUGUGGGAUGGCCGCCGGUGAGAUCGUUCCGCAAAAACGCGCUUAAGAGCUGCACCUAUGUGAAAGUUGCCGUCGACGGGGCGCCCUACCUGCGGAAGGUCGACUUGGAGCUUUACAGCGGCUACAAGCAGCUGCUCGCCGCCCUGGAGGAGAUGUUUUCCUGUUUCACCAUCCGUAUGUGCCCUCUCUCUGGCUGCUGCCUUCCCUGAUCUUCGAAAUCACGGCCCUCCUGUUGCUAUCCGUUCCUUGUUGUUUGACUGCUCGUGACCCACCUUUUUUGCAGGUAAUUACCCCGACGAGAUGAGGUUGGUGGAUACGGUGAACGGGACGGAGUACGUUCCGACGUACGAGGACAAGGAUGGUGACUGGAUGCUCGUCGGCGACGUCCCCUGGAAGUAAGCCCUCCGGCCUCAAGCUCACGUGUCUCCCUUUCUGUCAUCCGUUCUUCGCCUGCCUGCAAUUCAUCCGCUACGCGCUGUGGAUUCUUGGUGGACUACUCCAAGAUCAUUGAGUCAGGAAACCGGUGCAAAAACCUCGCUAUUAAAGGGUUUGUGAGCUCAGAAGUUGAUUCAGAAGUCAGUUUAAUAGGCGAAGAACAGUGCAGAAGAUACACUCGGGCUUCCGUUUCCUGCGUUUCCCCCUCUAUGAGCCCAACAGUUUCUGCUUCUGUGGAUGCCCUCUGAUCUCGCCCUUGUUCAUUUCCUUGGCGCAGAAUGUUCAUCGAAUCCUGCAAACGUCUCCGUCUGAUGAAGAGCACCGAGGCCGUCAACCUGGGUACGCUUUCUCGAGAAUCUCUCCCUCACUUGAUUUCUGGGGCUGGGAGCAGAUUCCUUCCCACCCACAUCCUCAUCACCCACCUCGGUUUCCUUUGUGCAGCUCCAAGGGUGCCUAAGAGACCCAUCAACCCGAAAUGAUGCGGAAGCGGCCCCGGGCGACCUAUACAUGAGCAUGUACAGGGAUUGUUUUCCUCUUCCGUCCCUUACUUCUCUCCCUCCCUUCGAGCUCCGUGCGAGGUUCUUCAAGAGUAGAAGAAAUAAGGGAUCUUGUCGUCGCAAGUAAUGCUUCUCUCUACUCCGCUUUGUUCAGAUAUCGCAUGGCCACACUGUGAGCAGAUUACAGUUUUCCAUAUCUCCCCUGUUCUUGUUGUUUCUCCCUCCUGAACCCCUGCAUCUAUAUGAUUCUACCUAAUCAUGGUUAUCUUUCCAUCACCCACCUUCGUUGAAGAAGACCUCGUCCGAGGUAUGUCUGUCCUCUCUCUCUCUCUCUCCUGCAUGAUCUUCUGAAUCUGGCUGUCCUCCAUGGCCACAGCCAUUAAUGUCCAGAGCUUGGCCCCGCUCUUCCUCUCUCUCGCUCUCUCUAUCGGAUCAGAUUGAGUGGUCAGAAUCUCAUUCGGUUCGGAUCAAACCGGGUACAAAUCAGGACGGUCGACUCCACGUGUCGCGGUCGGAUUCCGAUGACAAAACGGGCCUAUGACAUAUAAUCAAUGCAAGUAGCCAGUCCUUCCACCGUCGGUACCGACAAACAUAGCGAGAGAGAGAGAGAGAGAGAGAGAGAGAGAGAGAGAUUCCGUCUAGACGAGAAGCCUAGCAUUUAACUGGCAUUUGAAAAUCUCCCUGAGAAUAGAUAGUCCAGGCUACGAGCCUCUGAAUGGGGAACCCGGCGACGGGGCGGGUACGUGUCACGUGGCCACUGGUUCCCCUUUUUAGAAAUGAUUCUCGUCACGGGCACCUCGGGGCCAGUGGACCGGCCCACAGAAUAAACGAGUUCGCCAAUCAGGACAGCCCAUUUCUUAAGAGGGAGCUAUUGGGCUCCACUGAAUUAGAAUUCCAGCCGCAAUCCUAGGUCCAUUAGGGCAGUGUGGCCCAAUCUGGGCCCCGCAUAUGUUGGUCUCUCCAGCCAGGCCGCGUGGACCGGAUUGAUGGGAUCUAACUACUACGUUGAAUCCCUAGACGUCAAAAUGUGCCACCGAUCUGUGGAGGCACAUCUAACGGUCCACAUCGCAAGUCCCAAAUCCUUCGCGCCGGGGUUUUUAGAACUCGGCACUCGUGUAGAGAGAGAAAGAGAGAGAGGGGGAGAGAGAGAGAGAGUGAGGGGGGGGAGAGAGAGAGAGAGAGAGAGAGGGGGGGAGAGAGAGGGAGAGAUAGAGAGAGUUGA